AUGUUCCUCAAAUGUUUUGUUUACUUUUGUUUAUUUGUUUUAUGUGAACUUUUAUUGUUCUUUUACGAACGAAGCUUUAACCCCAAAGAAGCUUUGAUUCAAAUGAAACUCAUUAAUCAAUCUUUUGGAAUAACUGUUUUGCUUAUAACUCUUGUCAUGGUGAUUUCUAUAACAGAAUCAGCUUACCGAAUUUUCUUGAUAAGCGUUAAAAAAGAAACGAUUGAUGCUAUUGGGGGGGCAGUUUUUAAUUUAUUAAUGGGCAUACAUUCAUUGAUCAUCAUCGUUUUAACAUGCGAUAGCAGUGGAAAGCAUAUGAAGAAAAUUUUAGAAUGCAUCAAUAAUUUUGAAACUGAACAUUUUCAAGAUAUUGACGAUGUUAGUGAUGAACUUUUAACAAAACUUUACAUGCAAAUUAAUCUGCAGCCGGUUGAAUUCACUACUGCUGGUUUCUACACCAUAAAUUUGGGAUUCUUAGCAUCGUUUGAGCUGUAA